AUGGCAAUUUUCUCCGAUAUUCAACAUCCUGUGACUUUUACUUUUGGCAUUUUAGGAAACAUCGUAUCCUUUAUGGUGUAUCUUGCUCCUGCGCCAACUUUUUACAGUAUCGUAAAGAGAAAAUCAACGCAAGGGUUUCUAUCGGUACCCUAUGUGGUCGCCCUCUUUAGCUCGAUGAUUUGGAUAUACUACGCCACACUUAAAACCGACGCGACCCUUCUGAUCACCAUCAAUGCUGUUGGUUGUAUCAUCGAGACACUUUACACAGCCAUCUUUAUCGCGUAUGCCCCGAAGACCAUUAAGAUUCAAACCAUAAAAUUGGUCGUAUUGUUAAACUUCGUAGCAUUUUGGGUGAUUGCUCUUUCGACCCAUUUCCUUGCUGAAGGUCCGACCCGAGUCGAGAUUCUUGGAUGGAUAUGCAUGGUAAUUUCUGUUAGUGUUUAUGCAGCCCCUCUAAGCAUCAUGAAAAAGGUGAUACAAACAAAGAGUGUAGAAUUCAUGCCAUUUUGGUUGUCUUUUUACUUGGCAUUGAGUGCGGUUAUGUGGUUCUUCUAUGGUUUACUUCAAAAAGACAUAUAUGUUGCGUUACCAAACAUAAUUGGGUUCGUGCUCGGAAUAAUCCAAAUGGUAUUGUAUUUGGUUUACAAGAAUUACAACACCAAAAAUAUCAACUUCGAAAAGAACUUGCCAACUUCUGUUUCAACUCUCGAGAGACACCAUAAUUGCGACAUGCCAAAACACAAAGAAAAAGAGACCAACACAAAAGAUCAAACUGUGACCGUGAAAUGCUCCAAAGAACAAAGCAAUAUUGAAGUCAAAGUCGACGAACCACUAGAGUUCUGUACGUUGCCAAAAAUUAUAAAUGAUCUUAUUGAUAACACUAUGAAGGAAGGCACGAUGCUCGAAACAUCAACGAGUUGCACUUCUAUCGUACAGCAAAUUAAUGUUUUGGAAGAUCAUAAUCAAACCAAGAGCAUGGAUGCCCCUCAUCAAGCUUAUCUUGUUGAAAGUGCUACUUAAAUCAGUUUUCUUUUGUGACGAUGUGAUGCACCUCACAUAACGUGCUUCACUUUUGUAUAAAUAAUAAGGAUUUCGAUCCACAUGUCCCAUACCCUGAAGGCCUUUUUGUAUCUUGUAACUCGU